CUCCGCUCCUGUAGGUUGACUUCCAUGCUUCAGAGACAACACACGUAGCAUACAGAGGGGACAUGACUCUGACCAGAGGAUCCUUCACCUAUGCCAGUGGGGAAGAGUACCACGGCGAGUGGAAAGAAGGUCGGAGGCAUGGUGUUGGCCAGCUCAAGUUUCAGGAUGGAACUUGCUACUGUGGCCAGUUUGAGAAUGGACUCUUCCAUGGCUCUGGUGUACUGCUCUUCACAGAUGGAUCCAGGUACGAAGGAGAAUUUGCACACGGAAAGUUUCAAGGCGCAGGAGUCUUCGGUCGAUGCGAUGGCAUGAAGUUUGAAGGAGAAUUUAAAGAUGGACGUGUUGAGGGAUACGGACUAUUGACUUUCUCAGAUGGAGCUCAUGGUGUCCCGCGAAACGAAGGCUUGUUUCAAAACCACAAGCUGCAAAAGAGAGAAAAGUGUCCAGGAGUGGUGCAGCGUGCGCAGGCUUCAGCCUCCAAUGCUCGCAGCCUGACACUGUGACUGUCAUGAACCGUGGAGGAGACACAGUCGGAGUUCCAGCACUUUCCAGGAGGGCAUCAAGGAUGUGUACUCGUAUACUCCCCUCCAGCUCUUCUCUCUGGGUCUUUCUCUCUUUUUCACCAUACCUCUCUUUUUCUUUUUUUGGAAUCUUCCCUGCUUCGUCUUCACAGUGGCUUGGAAUGCACAUGCAGUGUGAGCAAACAAUGGCUUUCUGUAUGACUGACCUGAAAUGCACAACACCAUUAGGCGCACCUUUUACUUCACAAGACACAUAAACACCAAAUGGUGCUGGGUUCCCUUGUUCAAAUUAUUGUACUCAUAGUGUCUUAGUGUUUUUCUCAAGAAUAGUUAGCUUUCAUACAUCAAACAAUGGAAUAUGGGAGACCUCUCAACUUUCUGCUUCAUAAGGAGGAGUAAAGUAAGUCUGUAUGUUGAAGACUUGAACCACUAUAUUGAUCAAUUCAUCUUAAAACAUGCUGCAAUCCUUUACAAGAGAGUGGUACUUAAAGGCCCCUGUGAGGUUUUGACAUCCGGACCUAAACAAUGUAUAAUUUAAAGCUAUUAAAAAAGAACACUCCACGGGGCACCUUCAAAAACUCAUCUCAAUUAACAGUGCUGCUGCAAACUUUUAUCUUUGCGUGCAUUAUGUCCCUGGUCUUUCUCCUUUUAGAAGAUCAGUAUUCACGUUUGCCUUAAAGACAUUUUGGUACAAGUAGUUCCAGGGAGUCCAUCUGAAGAUGACGUGCAGUUCCCGCUCCUUUCCUUCUCCUCUGCAUCAUUGGCCCUAAGGUGUCUAUCCUAAUGAAUUUGAGGACUAUUUGAUUACCUUCAGUCUGAGGGAUACGUUGCUAAGCUGGUGCUGAGUCUCGGCUCCCAUCACUCACAAGUCCAGUAACUCUCCUCCCUCCAAUAAACCUCCCUUUCCCAGUGGAAAUCAUGGGAGGGGAGAUUGAACUCUGCUGGAUAAUUCUCUCAUGGUUCCCCCGGUAACCUGAAAGACUUGGAUGACUGGACUUUCUCAAAGUUGUUUUUAAAAAAUCUGAAUUAAAUGCAUUGAAUUAGAGACAUAUAGCUUAAUUGAGGCAGCUGAAUGAAAUCAUUUAUAAACCAGAUGUAUAUUUAGGAAUAUGUAAUUAUGUAUGUGUUUUUUCUGUGAGACAGAUAUGCAUUGUCAUUGGUGGUGUUUGUUCUGACCUUUCAAAUGAAUUAAGAGAUACAUGUUUGAUUGGUCAGGUAUAUAAAUUGUUGUUACUGAGUUAUUAAGGCAGUGUGGUUUAGUAUUUUAAGAAAUGUAUUAACCAUUAUAGCCGAUCGCAGCUAUUCUGUGAUUACAGAGGAAUUUGGUGUACUUGAACAGUGUAUAGGCCUUACAAAGCAUUUGUAGACAAUGGCUUGUCUAGGGUUGCCUACAUAGAAACUCAACCAAAGACUGUCAAAUGAUAUUACAGGUAAGGAAGCCUGGAAGAGUCAACUGUUACAUGUGUAAUUUCUUAUAGCUGAACAAUAAAGUAAAAUCAAUGAGGACAAAUCCACCUGGGGCUUUAGUGUGCAAGAAAAACAAAAGGACCGAAGAUUAAACAGGGAAUUUAUAUGAUAUCCUGUUGUACAUAUUCCUUAAACCUAGAUUAUCGCAGUUCCUGGUUUUCAUUGUCAUUUUCGAUCAAUCAAUACUCAAUAUCAUGAACUUCGGUACCACAGUGUGCUGCAAAAUACAAUCAGAAAGAUUGAAGGUAACAUUGGACAGUAGACCAGUGCAUUAAUUAAUACCCCUAUCAACAAGCACAAAUGAUACUUUAAUGUUUG